AGCAACACCAGGACAGGGCACAGAGAGGAGCCAGCAGGAUGGGAAUGGGGAGCUCCUGGUGACCUGGGCACUUUCUCCUUCAUGUCCCUGACCUGGCAGGAGCCACUUUAGGACAUGGAUCCCAAAGGAGCAAGAGGGACCAGGAAGCGCCGCUGAUCUGCACAGACCCCUUUGCCUGCUGCUGCCCCACAGGGAACAGGGAGCUGCUGAGGAGCCACAUGGUCCAUCCCUGGAUUCUCCAAGCACUGACUGCCCAUCCACUCUGACCACAGCCAAGGGCCACAUCCCACUGCCUGCCCAGCGGCCAUCCAUGGAGGUGACCACCGUGUCCCCAUCUCCUGCCUCACCCACUGAAGGGGAUGGACUUUGUGAGACAGAUGUCACCAGCGUGGCCAUACACAGUGUGACACUGCUCAUCUGCCUCUGUGGGCUGGCUGGGAACGGGGCUGUCAUCGGCCUUCUCCGACUGAAAUUUCAUAACUCUCGCUUCUUUGACCUGGCUAUCAUUGACUUCCUCUUCCUCCUCUUUGUGCUCCCCUCCGCCCUCCUCCUCCUGGUGGAGGACGUGUCCUGCUCUCCUAUCUUGCCCCGGCUGUACCUGAAUUACCUUUUACAGCUCUCAGUGGUGUCCUACUACUGGGUGCUAUUCAGACUGAUGCACAGCAGCAAUGUGCUGUAUAUGGACAAGCUCUGCUCGCUCUGCUGCCGCUGUGACCUUCCCAAGCGCCUGGUGUGGGUCCUGGAGAGUGUCCAGUACUGGGCCUUCUUUGCUCUCUUUGCUGUCAUUCCUACAGUGACAUUCCUGUGCCCAUCACACCAGCAGGAGCACUGCCAGGCAGCUCUCAUCUCCGUGUACACCAUCACCCUGCUCCUCGUUGUUGCAACCCUGCUCAUUUCCAGCACAGUUGAUUUAAUUAAGGCCAAGUGGGGCUCCCAGCAGCAGCAGCCCAAGAGGCGCGACAUCGUUAUCGUCAUCACUGUGCUCCUCACUCUCCUUCUCAGCCUCUGGAAUUUCCUGCAGCAGCUUGGUUACAUCGAUGUGUCCUCACAGGUUGUUUUCCUACUCGCCUGCAUGCACAGCACCAUCAAACCCUUCAUCUAUUUCUCGGUGGGGAGGUGCCGGAGGCCCUGCUCCAUAGAGUCCCUCCAGCUCUCCCUCCAGAGGGUCUUUGAGGAGCCAAAAGGAAAAAGAGCCCACAGCGAGGAUCUUGCCAUGGACACAGUGAUCUGAGCCUGCUGAUCCCUUCCACUGCUCUGCUGAAGGACCCCAGGAGAGUGGCUGAAGCUUUCCUUGAACCUCCUGAUUAAUCAAUAUCCACCGGACCACUCUCCUUUAUUGGUGUAUUCCUGCAGGAGAAGGGAGCAGGAGCAUUGUCUUGGGUGAUUUUUGUGGGAUGCUCUGCAGGGAGCACAUUGCAGCAUGGCUUUCCUCCUCCCUCCUGGAUCCACAUGGCUCCAAGCAGUGCAGCUGGGCUCAGUGCUGUUCCCCAGCUCUAUUCCCCAUGCAAUGACCCUCAUGGCCUCAGCCCCAGGGAAUGAACUCCAUCUCCUUUGGCUCAGCAGAUGAGUUCCAUGGUGUUUCCAGGGAGCUCUUGCCUGCAAAGAAUGGGACACCUUAAUCCCUGGGGACACACCCAGCAAGGUGAUUUCCCAAAUCCCUGCAGGGCUGGUGCCUCUGGAUGGCAGGAGAGGGGUUGGGAUCACAGGGAGCAUCCUUCCCCUUCUGUCCAGCAGAGCCUGCUCUGCAUUCCCAGCUGAUGGGAAGGGACACCAGGUAGGGCUGCAGAGCUGGGGAGGGACAGCAACAUUCCCUUAUCCUUUCCGUGGGAAUGUCUCACAUUCUUCAAUUCCAGAAUUAAAUCCUUCUGAGGAAAGUGCAGGGUCAAUAGUGAACUCCACUGAUCCUUUGUGCCUGUAUCCAGAAAGUACAUGGAAUAUGGAAAUUCCCAUCACCAGAUGCUUGGACCAUUUAAUUGCACAGAAAUUAGGGGGUUAUGCUGCUCUUCUGCAGAAUGGGGCCAUCCAUCCUCUGGCUCCCCAGCAUCAGUGUCCAGGGAAGCCCUUGAGCACCUCCAUCCUGAACCUGGCCACCCUCAGGAGGAGCUGCACAGCCACUCUGCACAGCAGCUCCAGCCACAGUCCAGCCUGUCCUGAUCUUUGUCAUUCUGUAACUACUCCUAAAUGAGAGUUGGAUUUCUGGUUUCAGUUUGAUUCCAGUGUGGU